AUGGCCUCAGACGCGAGGCUCCCACCGGAGCGGUCGGCCUCGGAGGAAAGCGCCUUGCAGAGCUCUGGGGGAUUUAGCCUUCUCCCGCCUUCUUCUAGCAAAGCCUCUCCUGCCGCGCCGCCGACCUCCAGCGAGUUGCAGGCGACCCUUAAGCCUGGGGAGGCGUCCUUCUCCGCGCCGUCGGCGAGCGGACCCCUGCUGUCCCAGCACCCGGCAGCGGUAGCUCAGCAAGCCGCAGGCGGGGUCCCUGCUACCGCUCCGGCCGAGUCCCCGCCACCCACACAGCAGUCCUCCCAGCGCGAUCAUGGUGUGCCCUCCGACUGGAGUGGCCUGUUGGACGAGCGCAGGCUGCUCGUUCACCUGCAUCUGGCCCAGCUUCGCGAAGAACGUCUGUGGCGGGGCGGCAACCUCCAGGCUGAGAUCUGCAAUGACUACCAGAAAGUCGUGUUGUGGCUCCUGAAACGUGAGAACAUCUUUCACUUCUCUCAGACCACUUUUAACCUGGCUCUCACCAUCCUCAACCGCCUCCUGGUUUCAGUGAAGUUGAUUCCACGCAUAAAAGACUUCAUAAAGCACUAUGGCUUUGGCUACACCCCGAAUGAGCUGCUGAGGAUGGAGCUGGCUAUUCUGGACAGACUGCACUGGGACCUACACACUGGGACGCCGCUGGAAUUCUUGACUAUAAUUCAAAACAUUGUCAUCUAA